AUGUUUGUGCGAGAUUGCGACAAACUGAAGACAUUGGCUUCAGUAAUUCCACAAAUAAAAAAGUUGGAGAAAGAUUCAACAGCUCAUCACGAAGAUGAAGAUGAAGAUGAAGGUAUUUUAUCAGGAUCAUGUGGAUGUACAUCUUAUUCAUGUGGCCCAAUGACCAAACCUACUUCAAGAAGAAAUAUUGUUCAAAUAUUGCCACGUCCAGUCAAUCAAGAGGUUGCACCAACAAAUCUUGAUCAAGACUCAAAUGAUUACGAUAAUCUAGAACGUCUUUCUGUAAAAUAUUGUGAGUCAUUGGAAGUUGUUUUCCAACUCAAGGGACCAAAGGAUGUGGAAAGCCACAAUGUUCAAGCAUUCAAUAAGUUGCGUAACUUGUCGCUUCGGAAACUUGACAUUCUUAAGUGUAUCCCUCUGUGGCAGUUUGCGAUAUUUGUUCUUGUCAACUGUAGCCAAGCUCCUUGUCAAUUUAAAGACUUAAAAGUUGGGAAUUGUAAGAAGAUUAAACAAGUUAUUGCAAAAGCAGACACUGAAUGUGCUGAUCAGGAAAUUACAUUUCCUCGACUGAAUUCCAUGACGCUUAAAGAUCUACCAAACCUCAUUUGUUUCUCUACUGAAGCUUAUACUUUGAAGUUGCCAUCUUUGAUGGAAUUGAAUGUUAUAAGAUGUCCAGAUUUAAGAACAUUUGCUCCUAAGUUUGUCAACACACAUUCUAGAAUCCAAGUACACACAGAGUUGGGACAGUCUGAGUGGAUGGGGGACCUCAAUAGCACUAUAGGGAACAUUCACGAAAAAAGAGAAGUGCAGAGGAAUACUGGUCAGCAUGGUCGCAUUCUUUACUGA